ACUUAUGCUGUUGUCAUACAGCCUUCAAUUCCAGUCUUUACCUUUCUCUUGGCUGUAAUGAAGGGUACAGAAAGAGUGAACUUGCUAAGACUUGAAGGUCAAGCAAAGGUCGGAGGCACCCUGUUCUGUGUUUCUGGUGCAGUAUUGAUGGUUCUAUUUCGUGAUCCAACCUUGACUUGACAGAUGAGUGAAGACUUUGCUGCACAAAAUGAUAUCGGUGCCAGGGCUCAACCUGAAGGUCCUGGAUGGCUUAUUUCUAGCUUGUUUGCGCUCGGACUUAAACCCUGGCAUAUCGGAGUUUUAUGCCUAAUAGCCAACUGCAUGUGCAUGGCUGCUUUCCUGGUCAUUCAGGCUCCAGUUUUGGCCAAGUAUCCUGCCAACAUUUCCGUCAUGGUGUUUUCGUAUUUUUUCGGUGCUGCGUUGACGGUAUCGAAGGCGUUGCUUACGAUGAAUGAAUCGACAGACUGGAGUUUAACACAUCCUGAGAUUUUCGCAGUAUUGUAUGCUGCAAUGCUGCAUCUGCUCUUAACUACGGACUGUUGACAUGGUCGAACAAGAUCUUGGGGCCUACUUUGGUUGCUCUCUUUAAUCUGCUUCAACCAGCAGCAUCGGCCUUUCUGUCGAGAAUUUUCCUCGGGAGUCUGAUA